CAUGCGCUUCGUACCCAGUCUCCUCACUUCGGUUUCGAUCAUCGCCGCCCAGGCUUCAUUAGCCGCCGCCAAUGCUGCCGAUGCGUGCUCCACGAUAACCCUGGACGGCAACUUGCCUAACCCUACUCCUUCCAACUUCAAGUUCAGUGGCAAUGUUCGCAAACAUUAUAUCGCCGCGGAAGAGGAAGAUUGGAACUAUGCCCCUACCGGUUGGGACAACUACAUGGGCGUCCCCAUCGAUGUUUCUCCACGCGCAAAGACUUCCAACUACCUUCCGCGCUUGACAUGGAGAAAGGCAUUCUACCGCGGCUACGCUGAUGCAAGUUUCGAGCAGAAACUCGAGAGACCAUCCUGGGAGNGCACCCUUGGACCCAUCAUCCGUGCCGAGGUUGGCGACUUGAUCGAAAUCAUGUUCCUCAACAACUUGACCGAGAACUAUGCCUCUAUGCACUCGAUGGGUUUGAUGUACGACAAAGGAUCCGAGGGUGGUGAUUACCCCAACAACACUAUGCCUGGUCAGGAAUCUCCAUUCGUCGAAACCAUGGCCGUUUCUCCAGGUAAAUGUGUCGUGUACAAGUGGAUGNGACCCAACACUGUCAACGAGCCCGCCAAGGGUCACAGCUACCACUCCUAUGUCACCAUGCAGGAAGGCACGAACGCUGGUCUGAUUGGCCCGACAUUCAUCUACCCAAGAGGUCAGAUGGAGCACGUUAUGGCGAACUGGAGAGAGUUCCCCCUCUUGUUCAUGUCCAUGGAUGAGCAGUCAUCUUUCCUGUCGCAGAUCAACGAAAGGCUCAACUCAACAUCAAACGGCAACGCAAACUCAACUUACAACAGCACUUACUACCCACCGGCUGGAUACGAGAACUUCCAAGACCUUCUCAGUCCUAACGCAGGCUAUGGCAACGAGUCCAUUUGGAAACCUCAAAUCACCAAUCUCUUGUCGUCGGGACAUGGCAAUGGUCCAACCUUCUACAGCAUGAACGGCUAUGUUCUUUCCAACAACCCAAUCUUUGAGAUGUGUCGUGAUGACAACGUCCUCUGGUACACCUAUGCUUACGGAUCUGGAUCACACGUCUUCCAUAUGCACGGAAACGGCUUCUCGGAGAAUGGCAUCAACGAUGGUAAGGUCCACACCCUUGUCAUGAGCGCGGCUGGUGUCGGCCAGUGGCAAGUUAUCUGUCACGUCAACAACCACAACACCAUGGGCAUGGUUGCGAACUACCGCGUCUACGACGGUUAUUGCCCUCUUACACCAUUGGGAUCUGGUAACGUCACGUCUACCAGCAGCAACACCACAUUCAGCCUCACUGCAUCUAGCAACACUGCAUCUAGCAGCGCUACAUCUGGCGGCAAGUGGAGUCACAUGCUCAACAUG